CGGGUGGUUGUCAGUGACGCUCCGGAGCCGUCGCCAGGGUGGUAAUACCUGGUGCAGAGCUUGAGUCUGGCCAGCGGGUCAGGCUCUUGCUAGAUCAGCACCGGAGGUGGAAGACUGGUACAUUUUAAUACUUUGGGAAAAAAAACUUUGCUGAAGUUACUAGAAAAGAGACAGUUCUUCUGCUGACAAACCUUGAGGAAAUAAUUUUCUCCCUCCUUAGGAUUCGAAGACCAGUUCAUUCUUAAUGUCUUCUGAAAUAAAAUUAGAAUGGAUUGGGAUGAUGAAUAUUCUCAUAAUUCUUUUGACCUACAUUGUUUGUUAAACUCAUUUCCUGGAGACUUGGAGUUUGAGCAGAUCUUCAGUGACAUUGAUGAAAAGAUUGAACAAAAUGCUGCAAGCAUAGAACAUUGCAUUAAAGAGAUACAGUCCGAAAUUAACAAACAAUGUCCAGGUGUGCAGCUGCAAACAACAACUGACUGCUUUGAAUGGCUAACUAACUACAAUUACAGUACAUCUGAGUCAUCUUUCAUUUCUCAUGGAGACUUGAUAAAAUUUCUCAAAACACUGCAAGAUUUAUUGAAGAAUGAACAAAAUCAAGAAGAAAUGACAUUGGAUUUACUUUGGGACCUCUCCUGCUACAGCAGCGUUUCAUUCCCAUCAACUCUAAGUGGAACAUCUUUCCAUUUCCUCUCUAGGACGUCUCUUCAUUCUGUUGAAGAUAAUUCCUCUAUGGAUGUCAAGUCUAUAUGGGAUGAUAUAAGACUGCAUCUUCGACGCUUCUUAGUGAGCAAAUUACAAAGCCAUAAUGAAAUAAACAAUUCACAGCAAAAAAUUUUAUUGAAAAAGCAGUGCUUACAACAACUCUUGUUUCUUUAUCCAGAAUCAGAAGUUGUAAUCAAAUACCAAAACAUACAGAAUAAACUGUUGGCUAAUCUUCUGCAGAACUGCUUUCCUUCUUACAACAGAGAUUCAAAUUUAGAUGUAAUAGUUCAUGGAUAUCAAAGUACAAUGCUGAAGUUAUACUCAAUAAUAAAAGAGGAUUUUAACACACUAUGUGAAAUUUUAGCUCCGUCCUCAAUGGUGAAAUUCGUUAAAGAAACUUACCUGGAUACUGUUACAGAAGAAAUGGCAAAAUUUCUUGAAAAUUUUUGUGAGCUGCAGUUCAGAGAAAAUGCUGUUCGUGUGGUUAAAACAAGCAAGAGCUCCAGCAAGCAUAGAGGAGCAGUGCAUGCUUUGGUUACUCCUGAAUGCCCACAGAAAGGAAGAAACUUCUCUCUCCCUUUAGACAAAGUCGAAUUCUUAUCACAGCUCAUAAAAUCCUUUAUGAAACUGGAAAAAGGUGUUCAAGAAUUGUUUGACGAAAUACUUUCAUCACUCAAGAUAACCAGGAAUACUUCAGGAAUUUUGGAGAAAUCCAAUAGAGAAGUUGUAAUAGAAAAACCUAGAGCAAAUGAAACCAAUAUUCCUUCAGAGCAAUUGCUGCCAGGAAAAGAGGCUACCUUACUAGAUUUUGGCUGGAGAAGUGCAUUUAAAGAAGUGUCUCUUCCCAUGGCGCACUGCAUAGUAACUGCAAUUGAAGGUUUUUCCACAAAAAUUCUCCAACAGGAACAGAAUGAAAGGUCUUCAGCUGUGAGCUAUGCUAUGAACCUUGUAAAUGUCCAGCAAGUUUGGCAAGACAGCCAUAUGUUUCCUGAGGAGGAACAACCAAAGAAAAUUGGAAAAUUUUGUUCUGACAUCAUGGAAAAACUUGACACAAUGCUUCCACUGGCUCUGGCAUGCAGAGAUGAUUCUUUUCAGGAAAUUAGAGCAAACUUGGUGGAGGCCUGUUGUAAAGUGGCAACAGCUGUCCUGCAGAGACUGCAAGAGAGAGCCAAGGAGGUUCCUUCCAAAGCACCCCUGAAAAACUUGCACACAUACCUCUCCACGGCGGUGUAUGUCUUCCAGCAUUUCAAGCGAUAUGAUAAUUUGAUGAAGGAAAUGACUAAAAAACCCAUAUUCCUGGUGCCUGUCCAACGAUAUCAGGAAUUCAUCAACACUCUACAGUUUCAGGUUACGAACUACUGCGUCAGAGUUUGUGCUACAAGCAUUUUACAGGAUGCUGAGAGCCACCACUGGGAUGACUACAAAGCUUUUUAUGAGGGGGAAAGAUGUUCCUUCUCGAUCCAGAUGUGGCAUUAUUUCUGCUGGUCUCUUCACUACGAUCUCUGGACCAUUCUGCCUCCUAAGUUAGCCCAGGAGAUUCUAGCGGAAGUGCUGGAGAAAUCUUUGAGUCUACUGGCCUCCAGAUACGCUCGGGCCCACCCCAGCCGUAAAAGAACUCCACAGUUAAGACUUGAUGUCACAACAAUUUUGAUAUGUACUGAGAACAUGUUAUGGUCAGUUUGUACAUCUGUACAGAAACUUUUGAAUCCUCAUCAGCAUACAGAUGAUAAAAUUUUUAAAAUUCACACUCAUUGCAAUAAUCUGUUUACAACAUUAGUCAUUUUGACUUCACCAUUAACAGAAUUAUAUAAGACUUUUCAGCAUGGCCUGGAUGAGUCUGCUUCAGAUUCCUUAAAAUCAUUUUUUAAGCAACCAUUAUAUUGGGUUUCUUGCAUAUCACAUUUCUACCCUUCUUUACUCAGGACUCCAUCAGCUGGAGGACUGAAAGCCGAGGGUCAAUUGAAACUGGUCUUAUCCCAGCCAGGUUGUAACUGGAACUUGCUUCUGGAAACCCUACUGCAUCAUGAUGGACUUCUACUGAGAAUCUUGCUGAAGAGCUCAAAAUGUACCUUUCAAGAACAAGUUUCUGACACAGAAAAUAACCUGAACCAAGGACCCAGCUUGGUGGAAGCCAUCUUUAAAAUAUUGUACCAUUGCAGUUUUUCUCCACAAACAUUUGCAAAUGUUUUUGUGAGCUACAUGGAAGAAGAGCAAUUAUGGGACUUUUUAUAUAACAUCCCAGUCUCAACGUGCGUGGAGUACGAGCUGGAGGUCAUCCGAUGCUUGAGACUGGCACUGACCGAUGCGGUCAAGGACAUUGUACAGCAGAUAGUAUCUGUGAUGAGUUCUAGGAGAAACUGUGAGACAAACCUAAACAAGCACAUUGUUCCUGAUUGUUUGCUUGAGAGCAUGCCAAAAGAAUGGAAUUAUAGUCCAAAAGAAACUAACAGGAAAGAAUCAUGCAAAAGCUUCACAAGGCUUGCUGCUCAGGCAGUAUCUAUUGUAAUCAGCAAGUUACCUACGGUGAUUGCAUGUUUGCCUCCCCCAAUUAAAUACUUCUUUUUUCUGUCUGAGAGAAAAAUGUCAAAAAACUUUGUUGAAUUGAAGAAAGCUGGCCUGCUUGUCUGGAACUUGAUUGUAAUUAUAUGUCGGAUAUUUGAGGACGGAAACACUGCGGAACUUUUAACAGGUGCCUCCCUUGACAGAUGGAGUAAAGAAAAACUGGGUUUAAUUUGUAUGUGUUUGGAAAGCAUCAUGGGAGACCAGACAAGUAUCCCUAAUCAAAUGAUCCAAAAGGUCAUACAGAGCAUUGAGCAGCAGAAACCCAACUGGAUUGAACGUCAAUUGUUGAAAGCAAGGAAACUGAGCACUGAAUGUGCAUUUAUGACAAUAGAGAAAAGCACGGCCUUACGAGAAGGAGAUAUUGCUCUUGAACUGACUGAGCAGAAAAUAAACACGAUGGUCCUGGAUCUCUGCCACAAACCAGGUGGCAGCGAGUACCUGAGGCAAAUUUAUCACAUCAUGCAGCUCAAUGAGGAAUAUUUAAAAGAACAGCUGUUUUCUAUGAAUAGUUCAGAGGAAAAGCCAUUACCCAUCCGACCUUUAAAGACGACCUUGAGGAGUAUAGAAGAUCAGCCUUCUGCCUUUAACCCUUUCCAUGUGUAUAAGGCAUUUAGUGAAAACAUGCUAGAUCAGUCAGCCAUCACAAAAUGGAACUGGAAUUGGGCAAAGUUGCUGCCAAAUUAUCUGAGACUGGAUAAGAUGACCUUCAGUGUGCUGCUCAAAAACAGGUGGGAAAUGAAGAAGGAUGAAACACUAGAAGAGGAAGAAAAAGCAAUGCUGGAGCACUUAAAACAAAUUUGCACCCCACAGAACUCUUCUGCCUCAGAUAACAUAGAGGAACAGUAAUCUGCAGAAAACAGCAAGAGCUUUAUUUUAGGAAACAAUCCCAUGUAAUGGAGUAGGAUUUUUACCAUAGUCAGAACGAAACUCAUAUGUGCUGUGAAGCAUGAAACCAAUGACUGAGUAAUCUCUGUACUGAAAAGGAAUACAGCACAUAAAGAAUAAGGUGCUACAUUUUUUUUUAUUUUUAAAAUAAUUUCAAAUGUUUUUCUUUCCCCAAUCUUUCUCUUUAUAUGAUAUAACUGCUGCCAUCUCGUGUUCCCUUUGAAUUAUUUUUUUCUCCUUUCAGUCUUGAAGUAUCUAUGACAACAGGCAAAAAUGUUCAGAAAUUUUUAAAGGAUUUUUUAAAUACAACAUUUGGAUGUUAAGUUGAGUGGAGUCACAUAGCCCCGUGAGGUCAUCUGAAAUUUUUAAUUUAAUUUUGUUGUAGCUGUAGCCCAAGUCCCAAUCUUAAUUGCCUUUACUAUCCACAAUUGUGCCAACUUUCCUCAUUCAAUUUAUCUAAUUACAGUAAAAAAAAAAAAGCAUUCUUCUGAACUAUAACUUUAGUCACACCUCUGCUUGUAGUGGUUUUCAGUCUUCCUCCUAAACCAGAAUCAAAUUUCUACUCAUAUAUAUUCAGGUCCUAUACCAAAUGGCUCCAUGUUCAGACAAUUGCUUGCCAUCCUCUUGGUUCAAGUCACAUGCUUGCCAUGUUUUCCCAAUCAGAAUCCAUCUUUCUUCCAAAAUUAGGCUCAAAACUAAUUCCAGCAAUCUUUACCCCAAAGCUCAUUAGUUCAUAUAAUGUGUUACUUCAAAAAUUUUUCAUUAUAUUGAUACACACACACAAUAAGAAAACAGAACAUGCUCUAGUACCCUCUCUGCCAAGGACAAUUAUAGAUAUUUAUUAUUUCCUUCCUAUCAGUGCCUGAUAUUAGAUUAUAAAGACAUUGAAGAUAUUAUGAUAUAAUAUGAAGUCUCCCUUUAUAACUCCCUGUAUGCCUACUACAGUGUUAUUUCAUCAAGUGGACAGUUAACGAACACAAUUGAUUAAAUAGCUGCCAAUGAAAGAAAAAGACAACAAACAGAAUUACAUGGUUGGGCAGUCUAAGAACGUCUGGGAGAAGCCUUAUAUCUUUUUUUUUUUUUCAUUUUAGAAACAGGGUCUCGCUCUGUUGCCUGGAAUGUAGUGCAGUGGCAUGAUCAUAGUUCACUGUAACCUCAAACUCAUAGGCUCAAGCAAUACUCCCGCCUCAGCCUCCUGAGUAGCUAGAACUACAGGCGCGUGCCACACACCUGGUUAUUUUUUUUAAAUUUUUUUGUAAAGAUGAGGUCUCACUAUGUUGCCCAGGCUGGAAUUGAACUCCUUGUCUCAAGUGAUUCUCCCACCUAGCUAGAACUACAGUUGCGUGCCACCACACCUGGUUAAUUUUUAAAAUGUUUUUGUAGAGAUGGGGUCUCACUAUGUUGCCCAGGCUGGACUUGAACUCCCUACCUCAAGUGAUCCUCCCCUCUCUGUCUCUCAAAGCCCUGGAACUAUAGGCAUAAGCCACCACACCAGGCCCAGAAGCCUUACAUCAUGGGCUAUUUUAGACCAUAUGACAUCAAACUUCAUGUUUUCUGAUGUUCUCAGAUAUAUAAUAAAUUGUCCAUACUCCCACAUUCUGUGAUUUUUAUAAAAUAUGUGUAGGCUACAUGAUUUCCAAAGGAAAGUACUCAUGCAUUUUUCAAAGAGUAAAAGCUUGGGGUGCAGAGGAGGCCACAUUAGGAAAUCUCUUACAUUUUUUCUUUAAAUAAAAAUACAUAAAUGGCCAUGUAGACAGCUGCCUGCCAAAUAACACAUUUUAUUUUUAAAAAAUGUACUUUAGUUGGCCAGUAUAAUCAUAAACCAAGUGUUUUUAAGAUUUGGUUGAAGUAAUUUCUAAAAAUUCUAUGAAGACCAUUUAGAAAAUGGUAGGAAAAUUUUAUGAGAACUGGACAUUCCAUCUAAUCUGAUCUUUAAACAGGUUACUAUAACAAUCAACAUAAGGUAACAGUUGACUUUAUUCCUUCAGCUAAGUGGUGGUAGUGUAAUCUGCAUAACUGUGCUUCAUUAGACUAGAUGCAAAAAUGAAAAGUUAAAAAUAAAUUAAUCCAAUAAACUAAAUACAACAUCUUAUAAAGUUACAGGAUUUCACAUUUGGAUUGUCUUCUAAUAUAUCUAAAUGUCAUCUUUUAAAGCUAUUAUUAUUGAAUUCGUAUAUUCCUGUACUAAUCCUGGGAAGUAAUUUUGCUCCUCCAGAAAAAAUCUUUUCUGUGGCUCCCUUUUGAAAGGAAAGAAGUAUAGUAAGGGGAGAAUGGGAUGAGUUUAAAGGAAGAUAAAAGUAGUAGAGAAAGAGGCCUUGCAGUUGAAUUCUAUUCUGUGCUUGUUCAGUGAAAUUAUUAUAGCCAUAAGUGCAAUAAAGUUUAUAAUUGAGAGUGUUAAAUGACAAGUCAUUAAUUUAUCAGAUUAUUUUGACUUUAUACUCAAUAUGUUUUUUUAAGUAUAAUAAGAAGUGGUAUUUCAAAACGGUUUUUGUUUCUCACAUUUAUUUCACAUUUGUGUGAGUUAACAACAGGAAUGAAGCCUAACAGUUUAUAUCUCCCCAUAUGCUUAUUAUAAAAAUAUUAUCUUCCUAUAAAGUAUGAUCUUCCUUCUGUGUUCUGCUUAACUGUAUUUUUAUGUAAUUAUAUAGAGAUAUCUAUUUUAUUAUUGGUUUAGCAGUUACUAUGUGAAAACGGUAUGAAAUAAUUUUAAAAUAAAUUAUAAAGAAUAUUGUCUAUUUCAGAUAUUUUAUAUUUUUGUCAUCUCUACCAAACACUAUUAUAGAACUACCAACCAAAGAAUGGAAAAAAGAAAUCACUUGUUUUGUUUAACAAGAUGUGCCUACUGGGGUAACGUCCUAUUACCCCAGUUUAUAUAUACCCGGGUCAAAGAAAGUUUCAGGUAGUUCAUAAUUAUCAUUCCUUACUGUAAAAAAAUUUAAGAUUUUUUAAUACCUCCCUUUAUAAUUGAAAUGUUUCAUAGAAAAGAAAACAGCUGUAUUCAGCCUUAAAAAGAAAUGAAUUUCUGUCAUAUGCUGCAACAUGGAUGAACCUUGAUCACAUUAUGCUAAGUGAAAUAAGCCAGUCCCUAAAAGACAAACAAUGUGCAAUUCCACUUACAUGAGGUAUCUAAAGUAGUCAAAUGCAGAGAAGCAGAAAUUAGAUUGGCGGUUACCAGGGGGUGGGGGAGGAGAAAAAGGGGAAUGGUUGUUCAAAGGGUAUAGAGUUUCAGAUUUAUAAGAUGACAAAGUUCUGGAGAUCUGUUUCACAAGAAUGUGAAUACCCCUAAACUCUAUACUUCAACAUGGUUGGUAGAGAUUGCUGAGAAAGCAGCUUCAAGAUGGCUGACUAGCUACUUUGCUACUCACCUCUUCCACAAAGAAGAACCAACAUAGCGAGUAGAUAACCACACUUCAAAUAAAUGAUCUAAGAGAGAAUACUGGAAUUCAACAGAGAAGUGUCAGGAAACAUUAGAAUAAGGAAGGAGAGAGAAGUGAGGCAGCCUGCUCAACCAGGAUUGACUGGAAGCCCAGAGAGACUUCCUGGUUGGGAAAAGGGUGAGAGACCUCUAGCAGUGCACAUUCCCACCACAGGCUACUGCAAACCAAGCCAAGGGAGAGUCCUCUGACCCACGUGGGCCCUAAAACCAACAUAGGGAGAUGCUUGGAGACCAAAAUUAGCCAGGCAUGGUGGUGCAUGCCUGUAAUCCCAGCUACUCAGGAAGCUGAGGCAGGAAAAUCGCUUGAACCCGGGAUGCGGAGGUUGCAGUGAGCCGAGAUCGUGCCACUGCAUUCCAGCCUGGGUGACAGAGCAAGACUCCAUCUC